AUGACAACUUUGAAAAUCACCAAAAAGCAUCACAAACAUUUCAAUAAUCCUUUUCCAUCCACCCCAAACUCACCAUUCAUAUGUGGAGCUUUAAUCUUGAAUUCUCAUAAACUCCCUUCUCAUCAGAUCUACCCCAUUGGCAAAGAUUUCCAGUUAAAUUGGUCAUCAAAAAAUGGAGGAUUUUUAUCAAUUUCUCACAAAUCUGAGCCUACCAGGCCUUUAUGGUCCACUCUCCCUGGUGAGCCUUUCAUUUCUGCCGCCAUUGCUGAAACUGAAGUGGAAGAAAGCAGAGGUUCAUUCGUCGUCAAAGAUAAACAUGUUCAUUCUCUUUCAAAUAAUCAAACAAUUGACGACAUAAGGAUCAUAAAUGAAUCUGAUAAAGAUCAACUUUUUUCGUCGUAUCCCCUGUUUCCUGUUUUAAUGAUCACAGGGAAGGUUUUCGGGGUAAGUAAACGAAAGAAAAAGGUUAGAUUUUCAAGAAGAAAAGAUUCGGAGAAGGAAAAUUCAACUUGUGCAAGAUAUUGGAUUCUGUUUGAUCAGAAAGAAUGUCAUCAAGUUGGUUUCCAAGUGAGGAUUGGGAAAACAGAUUUAGAACUUCCAAAAAGAGUUUCUCGAAGAAGUUAUAGGAAUUUUUCUCUAAAAUUUGGUCGAAUUCGGAGACAUAGAGGUGGGUGGUUUGGAGGAUUAAAAAAGUCUGUUACUGUUUCAUCAUUAGCUGAGGAGAAAAUAGUGAUGAAAAGUAGUGAAGAAGUUGUUAAUAAUAGGAUUUGUUUAACAUAUUCAAGUGAAAAAAAUGAAAAAAUAUUUGGUUUUGGAGAGCAAUUUUCUCAUAUGAACUUUAAAGGAAAGAGGGUCCCUAUUUUUGUUCAAGAACAAGGGAUUGGACGCGGCGAUCAACCUAUUACCUUUGCAGCCAAUUUAGUUAGCUAUAGGGCAGGAGGUGAUUGGAGUACAACUUAUGCGCCUUCGCCAUUCUACAUGACAUCGAAGAUGAGGUCAAUGUACUUGGAGGGUUAUGAUUAUUCAGUGUUUGAUCUAACAAAAGAUGAUAGAAUCCAGAUACAGUUACAUGGGGACUCAUUGGAAGGUCGGAUACUACACGGGAACUCACCUUCUGAACUGAUUGAAUGUUUCACAGGAAGCGCUGGUAGGCCUCCACUUCUUCCAGAAUGGAUUAUUUCAGGUGCAGUGGUGGGAAUGCAAGGUGGAACGGACACUGUCCGCAGUAUUUGGAAUGAAAUGCAAAGAUAUGACGUCCCAGUAUCAGCAUUCUGGUUGCAGGAUUGGGUAGGGCAGAGAGAAACAGUCAUUGGAUCACAACUUUGGUGGAAUUGGGAAGCAGAUGAAACGAGAUACUCGGGAUGGAAACAACUAAUUCAAGACCUUAAUAAGCAACAUAUCAAAGUCAUGACAUAUUGCAAUCCUUGUCUGGCUCCGAUGGAUAAAAAGCCAAACAUAAGAAGACACCAUUUUGAGGAGGCAAAGAAGUUGGAUAUCUUAGUAAAAGACAAGAAUGGGGAGCUGUAUAUGGUUCCCAAUACAGCAUUUGAUGUAGGGAUGCUGGAUUUGACACAUCCAUGUACCGCAAAUUGGUUCAAGCAGAUUCUGCAAGAAAUGGUAGAUGAUGGAGUACGAGGAUGGAUGGCAGAUUUUGGUGAAGGCCUUCCUGUGGAUGCCUGCUUGUAUUCAGGUGAAGAUCCAAUUGCAGCACAUAAUAGAUAUCCCGAAUUAUGGGCCAAAAUCAACAGGGAAUUCGUGGACGAAUGGAAAAGCACGCAUGUAGGUAAAGAGGGAGAAGAUCCAGAGGAUAGUUUGGUUUUCUUCAUGAGAGCUGGUUACAGGGAUACUCCUAAAUGGGCAAUGCUAUUUUGGGAGGGAGACCAAAUGGUAAGUUGGCAAAAAAAUGAUGGCAUCAAGAGUGCAGUCGUUGGCUUGCUUAGCGGAGGACUUUCAGGAUAUGCUCUUAAUCACAGUGACAUUGGAGGCUACUGUGCAGUAAACUUACCAUUUUUCAAGUAUCGAAGAAGUGAAGAGCUUCUUUUGCGAUGGAUGGAAUUGGCUGCCUUCACCACCGUCUUCCGGACACAUGAAGGUAACAAACCAUCUUGCAACAGCCAGUUCUACUCUAAUAAUAGAACUCUGUCACAUUUCGCGCGUCUUGCAAAGGUCUACAAAGCAUGGAAGUUUUACAGGGUUCAACUAGUUAAGGAAGCCUCUCAGAAAGGGCUACCAAUUUGUCGACAUCUCUUCCUUCACUAUCCAGAAGAUGAACAUAUACAUAGCUUAACAUAUGAGCAAUUCUUAGUUGGCACAGAGAUACUUGUGGUACCUGUGCUCGACAAAGGCAGGGAAACUGUUAAGGCCUAUUUCCCGAUAGGAGAAAGCUCGUCAUGGAAGCAUAUUUGGACAGGAAAAUUGUAUUCAACACAAGGUUCUGAAGCUUGGGUAGAAGCACCAAUUGGAUAUCCUGCCAUUUUCGUUAAAGACGGAUCUUCUGUUGGAAAAACCUUCUUGGAAAAACUCCGCGAAUACAAUGUCUUAUAAUGCAACUGCUUACUACUGCCAGAUGAUGUACAUUGUUUUAGUGGAUUAUAACCAUGGAAGUAGCAUUUAGCAUUCUUUCUAUUCAACAGUUACAUAGAUGUGGUGAUAAUACAUGUGUAAAUAGUAGUGAUGAAUUUGCUUAAUCCAUUUGAUUUUAUAUUAAAAC